AUUUAACAAAUCGGAAAGCAGUUUAUUGUAGCGCAUGGAGAUACGGUGCUAUGGCAACCACCAAGCUAAAGACUCUGAAAGAUGUACGGAGGGAGGACUGAUUGUACUUCUAUGCUCACAAAUUUGAAAUGUUAAGCGGAAUGGACAAACCUGCACCCGCCGUUUUGUCCCAGGGCUUGAUGAGCAAAGUAAGGGCAUCAGGCCACCACAAACUACUCGAAGAGCAGCACCAGCAAAUUAGAAUGACUCCAUCUGCGUUUGCCCACGAAAUGUCCCUAUCUACAGAGCAGCGUCUGGUAAACACACAUGCAAUGCAUCCGCCUCGGAUUCUGGAGGUCCUAGAUAUGAGCGAAACCACUCACCAGAAGUUUUCAUCUGUAGACAUUGACCAGGCUUUGUUCCAGCCUUUCCCCUCAGAGAUAGUGUUCCAAAACUACUCUCCUUCUGAGUCGUACGAGGUACCGCUGGUGCUUCGCAAUACUGACAAGAUCCCGCGCUUGGUGAAGGUUGUGGAGGAGGAAUCCUUGUACUUUAAAGUAAUUAGCCCAGCGGACAUGUGCAGUAAAGUCGCUCCGGGGUUGGCAUCCACGUUCACUGUUCUCUUCACGCCCCAAGAGAACAAGGACUACAUCCACCGCGUCAUAUGCGUGACUGAGAGAGAGCGGUUUGAGGUGCCCAUCCGGGCUGUGGGGCCAAGGGCCAUCCUGGAUUUCCCAGACCACCUGCACUUCCCCGUCAGCCCCGUGAAGUGCCUCUCCCAGCGGACCCUGCUUGUGCGUAAUGUGGGGAGGUGUGAGGCCAGGUUCCAGCUUAGCACACGGAGUCCUUUUUCAGUGGACCCCCCCCUCGGCACCCUGGGGGUGGGACAAAACAUGCAGGUGACAGUGGACUUCUUACCCAACAGAGCUGGGGACUGCACAGAGGACCUACGGCUGCAUUACCACUCAGGGGAGGACCUCUACAUUAACAUAUAUGGAGCCGCCGCAGACGUGAACGUACGGUUGGAUAGGAACUCUGUCCUCAUGAAGAGGACCUACAUCUCCAUGGCUAGCCAGCGCUGUGUCACCCUGGCUAACAGGAGCGACGUCAUCGUCCACUACCAGUGGAAGUGCUUUGGGACUGAAGAGGAGGAGGAGCAGCUGAAGCUGAGGCCCUGUUCGGACCUGCUGAGGCAAGAAGAGAAGAAGAUGGAGCACUUUCUGACCGAGUGCACCGACGACCCCGCGUUCCACGAUCAUCUCUCGCGGCUCUCAAGCACCUUCUUUAAGCAGCAGAGGCAGCUGCGCGAGGAGCGCCUGGUCUUCUCCGGUGACCACAUCAUCAUCAGCCCCACGGAGGGCGACAUCUGGCCCAACUCGACGGCCGAGUUCACCGUAACUUUUAAGCCACAGGAGGUCAAAAUUUAUCAGCAGACUGUAUACUGCGAUGUUACAGGUCGAGAAAGUCGCUUACCUCUGCGGAUUAGAGGGGAGGGCAUCGGGCCCAGUUUAGAGUUCAGCUUCGACCUGCUGGACGUGGGAAACAUCUUCAUCCACUCAAAGCACAGCUAUGAGGUGCUCUUGUCCAACAAAGGCUAUAUUGACGCCCCAUUCCACCUGGUGCCGCCCAGCUCUGCCCAAGGCCGCUGCUUCUCCUUCAGCCCCAGUGAGGACACGGUCCCCCCAGGCUCCUGCCACGCCAUGGUGGUCUCCUUCUCCUCGGGCAUCCUCGGGAUGUUCAGCGAGGAGAUCCUCUUUGCUGUGGAGGGGAACCCCCAACCAAUCAGCCUCACAUUCAGGGGUCGUGUGAUGGGACCCACCUUUCAGUUCAGCGUUCCCGAGCUCAACUUCGGCGACGUGUCCUUCGGUUUCCCCUGUACCCUGACCUUCCAGCUUAACAACACCUCUCUGAUACCCAUGACCUUCAACCUUCGCAUCCUGGGUGAUGGCAGUGGCCCCCCAAGCAUCAGCAGUAUGGACCAGGUCUCUGACCCAAACCGCACCGACUGGGCCGGCCACAGCGACCCGACGGUCCAGCCAGCGGAGUUCCGGCUCGGCCCCAGUUCCGGCACCAUUCAAGCCCAAGGGCUGGUCGACGUCCAGGCGACUCUGUGCCCUAACCGUGUGCAGAUGUACAACCUGGCCCUGGUGGUAGAUGUGCAAGGAGUAGGGGAGGAGGUGAUGUCCCUGCACAUCCAUGCGAGAUGCGUGGUGCCCAAGGUGCGCCUGGUCAAGCCCACGCUAGAGCUGGAGGGCUGCUUCCUGAACCACCCCUUCACGAUGUCCGUGAAGCUCACCAACGAGGCCGACCUGCCCGCCUGCUACGGUCUGCUGCCGCAGGAGCACGAGGAGGGGCCCUCUUUUCUGUACUCCUGCCCACAUCCCCGUGGGAUAAUCCAGCCGCGAGGUGAAGCAGAGAUACCUCUGCUUCUGCAGGCCAAGACCGUGGGCAGGCUGGUGGUGGCUGCUCACAUCGCAGUGUUUGGCAGUGAGGAACCCCCACUGGAGCUGAUCAUCUCCGGGGUCGGCGAGGGUCCCGUGCUUCACAUCAGCCCCACAGAGCUAGACUUCGGCAGCAUCCCGGUCUUGACCGACGUCCCCAGGACAGUGAGGCUCCUGAACCAGUCUCCCAUCCCAGCCCCCUUCUUGGCCCACAUGGUGCGGCGCCGGUCCCAGUGGCGGGUGGAGCCCAGCGAGGGGGCGGUGGCCCCAGAGGGGGAGCUGCAGCUGAUGCUGGUGGCUUGCCUGGAUGACACAGUGCCCUUCCACGACAAGCUGCACCUGGCCAUCGAGCACAGUCAGGCCCGCAGCGUCGCCGUCUCUGCCAAGGGCGAGGGCACCACCAUCGUCACGGACCGCCCCUUCGCCCCCAGCCUCCACCUUGGCGCACAUUUUAGCUCCGGCGUGUUAAGGUACUGCUUUAAGCUGACGAACCGAGGCCGUCACUCCCAGCAACUCUACUGGAUGACCGAUGGCUUCCCCCCUUUCUGGCACCGUGCUGCCCCACCUUCCCGCCCCGGGAGCUCUGGGGGCGAUAAACGGCUAGAUUCCCUGCACGCCCCGGAGUGCGACGGGCCCGUCUUCAGCUUGGAGCCCCCGCGCCUGGAGCUGGCACCCGGCCAGUCUGCAGACAUGGUGCUGACGGGCGCUUCGCACGCGCCCAAGGUCGUCCAGGAGAGGUUGGUGUGUCAAGCAAUCACAGGACAGCAGGGAGGCAAGAGAGUGAUCCUGACGGCGGACAUCACGUGCCACUUUGUGUCUCCUGUCCUGGAAUUGUCCGCCCAGGAGCUCAGCUUCUCUGUGAAGAAGGUCCCAGGAGAAGCCCUGCUUCCACUCUUCCAACCUCUUGUCCUGACCAACGCGUCCUCGCUCAACCUUUCCAUGCAGCUGGUUCUGGCCAAACCGUUUGGUCUGUGUGACCACCUAAAUGACCCUUCGUUCACUACAUCAAAGCUCCAGGUGCUGGGCGUGGGUCAGCAGGUGACGCUGUGGGUGCGCUUCGACCCAUCCCACGGAGGGGACAGGGUGACACGGGUGGCUGAGGAGGACCUGGAGAUCCGCCACCUGGAGCACCCCCAGCGGGACAGCGUAGGCCUCCGGGGGGAGGUGCACUUCCCCAACCUGCACUUCUCCAGCACCUGCCUGGAUUUCGGCUGCAUUCUCAGCCACACGGAGAGCCAGCGGCGCCUCACCCUGACCAACCGCGGCCUGCUGCCAGUGGCCUAUCGCUGGCUCUUCCUGGCGGAUCGGCGGCACUGCUGCAUUAGUAGGUUCCCUCAGGAGACGACUCUGGACCUGGGCCACAUCCCGGAGGAGGAGAAGCAGAGAGAGAGUCAGCUGGACAGCUUUGAAAAGCAGGGUGGAAUCAGCAAGAUGAACCGGAACACUGAGCUUCCUAAAGCUGUGGAAGAGCAGCUGGAGAAUGAGAGAGACGACACUGGAGCUGAGAUUGCAGAAGGGGGAGGCUUUGCCAGGGAGACGUCCUGCAGCAGCUCUCUGCUCUUUGGGAAAAUAGUGCUGGAUGGUAAUGCACAAGAAAUACGUGAAGCCGACCAGGACCAGAACACCAGCAGCCUUCAGGCCUACAAGCUCAGCCAGAACCUUCAAAGUCUUGAAAGUCGAAAUGGUCAAAGUCUCACAGAUGUAUCUUGCCAUGGAGAGUGGGACAGGACUUCUUCAAUCCAACACCAAAGGAGCUUCAGCCAAAAGCCUGUGGAGAGACUAGGCAUAGAAGAGGUAUUUGAUAUUCUACCAAUUUUUGGGGCGUUACGGCCAGGUGAAAGUCAGCUGGUGGACGUAACCUUCUAUGGACACGCCAGUAUCAGUAGUGAAGUGCUGGCACUGUGUGAGGUGGAGGAAGGACCUACGUAUGAGGUUACGCUGAGAGGAGAGGCCUCUCGGGUGACUUAUACCCUGGACAAGACUGAUAUUGACUUUGGUACACAGUUGUUUGAUUGUGUGUCGGAGGCUGAGCUCCUUCUCAGGAACACUGGCAAGGUUGACUUUGAGUUCAGUGUCCUGCAGGACCAGGAAGGCAUGACUCUCAGCCACCUGCAGCCUGGCCUGCCCCUGGUCCUCCCAAACAAGGGCUGUGUCCAGGCAAACACGCAGCAGAAACUGUCCCUCUACUACCUGCCUGGGACACCCGAGGUCUUUCACAAAGCCUUCCAGCUGCAGGUGUCCUACUUCGAACCCGAGACGGUCACUCUGAGAGGAGAGGGCAUCUUUCCCAGGAUCUUCCUUGACCUGCCCAGAAGCCUGAACGAGGAGAAGUACAGCCUGGUCCUGAAAGAGGCCAGGGAGUUCCUGGAGAGAGAGAACCAAGUAGGAGCAGAGAUGAGCAGACCAGCGACUGGAGGUGGUGACCUGUCUGGGGAUGUCUGCAUCCCAACUUCAAAUUUCUGCCCUGCUAGAGCUACCCCAGUCUACUGUAAGUGAAACAGUUGUGAAGU